AUGUCUGACUACACUGGGCCCGGCAUCUACGAGAUCCUCCCAAAACAUGCUCAAGAUAUGAGCUUGAACGUCUGGGCCGGGGCCAACACCGCCGGCACGCAGGUGAAGCUCUACUCACGAACUCCAGGUGCUAGGAACAGUCAGUUCGCCAUUGUAGCAGCCGGCGGCACCCAAGGCAAGCCCGAGAAGGGCGACCGCGAGUAUCACAUCAUCGCUGUCAACUCCGGGCUCUACGUGGCUUCCAAUGACGCCAUCCAAGUCACGACCGAGCUACGCUCGCCUCUGGAGGCAAGUAUCCGCUGGAAGCUACAGCACGCUGGAAAUGGAGCUUUCUACAUUAACAGUGUUGUUACCGGUAAACAGCUCAAUGUCCGUGGUGGUGGGAAGGAGUCUGGCACUGAGAUCAUUACGUAUCCCCCUACCGAGGGUGCGAAUUCACAGUUCUUGCUCAAGUCCGUUUGAGUGAGCAUGGAACUCCAGUCAAUACAUUGGUCGACGUUAGCAGUAGGUCGACGAAAAUGCUUGUUUGGG